AUGGUCAACUAUAAUCGGCAUCGAAGGCAAGCGAUUCAAAAGAAAAACACGUUCCCAGUAUCGAAAUGAUCGCUUUCAGGCCGUCCACAUCUCCGAAUAAACCGCUUACAAUCAAACUGAAACUCCGUCUAAGUCAGAUAAUUGACGUGGUAAGCCUUUGGAUUCUCAAAAUCCGAAAAUCCAUUUUGGCGGAUUUCAGCACGAGAUUGACCAGAUUAUGACGUGUUCGGUUUGGUUGAAACAGACGUGGAUCGACAGAAAGCUCUCGUGGGAUCCGGUGAACUACGGGGGAGUGAACGUGCUUUACGUCCCGUACGAAAUGAUUUGGGUUCCGGAUAUUGUGCUUUACAAUAAGUGAGUGCCUCCAAACUGAGCCGAGAACGGAUGGGCGGGGUUUCAGUGCGGACAGCAACUACAAUAUCACAAUUUCCACGAAAGCGACGCUUCAUUUCACGGGAGAAGUGACGUGGGAACCGCCUGCGAUCUUCAAGAGCAUGUGCCAGAUUGAUGUCAGAUGGUUCCCGUUCGACGAGCAACAGUGCCAUUUGAAGGCGAGAAUACUCAAUUUGAACUGGUUUUUUUAAAAGAUAUUAUUAUCCUUUCAGUUCGGUUCGUGGACAUUCUCUGAGAACCUUCUCUCCGUUGAACUGAACGAGCCGAAUCUACGGUUUGAGGAGGAGAUCGACGAGAAGGGAAUUGUGGAUAACGUGACGGUGGCCGACGACGGAAUCGAUCUUUCCGACUAUUAUCCGUCCGUCGAAUGGGACAUUAUGUCCCGCGUGGCCAAGAGAAGGGCCAAGAACUAUCCGAGUUGCUGUCCACAGAGUGCCUACAUCGACGUCACCGUGAGUCCCCUUCUUUUUCCUUCCAGACCCAACCGCCCACGCAUUUCCUUUCAGUACUACCUCCAACUCCGUCGCAAGCCGCUCUUCUACACCGUCAACCUCGUGUUCCCGUGCGUCGGAAUCUCGUUCCUCACCAUUCUCGUGUUCUACCUGCCUUCCGACUCCGGAGAGAAGGUCACUCUGUGCAUUUCGAUCCUCGUCGCCCUCACCAUCUUCUUCCUUCUGCUCACCGAAAUCAUUCCGGCCACAUCGAUCACUCUGCCCCUCAUCGGAAAAUAUCUUCUGUUCACGAUGGUCAUGGUCACCCUGUCCGUCGUCGUCACCGUCGUCUGUGAGUUUCCCGCCUCCCCUCCCUCCCCGUACUCGAUCCUUUUCAGCUCUAAACUUGCACUUCCGCACGCCGACCACUCAUUUAAUGCCCAAUUGGGUCAAGAAAGUCUUCUUGAAAUGGCUUCCGAAACUGCUUUUUAUGCGUCGACCGAUUGACGACUACGCAGAAAAGUUCGACGAGAAAAAGAAGAACAAAGACGGGAAGAUCGCAUUGAAUGUGCACGCGCACAGGGUGUCCAAGGACGUCGGACACAAACUGAAGAACGCGACGAUCGACGACACGAUCCAGAAGUUGUACUACUCGCCGCAAGUGGUCAAAGCCUUCGAGAACAUCUGUUUCAUUGCGGAGCUUCUCAAGAAGAAGGACAGAGACGACAAGAUCGACGAGGACUGGAAGUACGUGGCGAUGGUGCUCGACCGUCUCUUCCUACUCAUCUUCUCCAUCGCCUGCUUCGUGGGCACCGUUAUAAUUCUGCUCCGUGCUCCGACACUGUACGACGAUCGCAGCCCGAUUGAUCUUCAGUAUCGUCCUGCCAACCUCUCCGCCAAUCCUAUUGCAGUCUGA